GGGUGAGGAUGGAGGCAAGUUAGGGGUGGGGAGGUAGUGUGAGGCUGCUUGUGGCUUUGAUCAGUUCCUGGUGCAAGAGUGGGGGGGGGAGGGGUUGCGUCAGACCACAGUUUAGAGAAGUGAAGCUCUAAGCGGGUUUUCACACCCAGAGACAGAGGCACAGCCCCAGCAGCGACAGAGCCUCCACAACUUCAACAUGAACCGAAGAGAAAGUAAAAGGAAGUCCCGACAGGACAGCCUGCUGGUUGGGAAGAGCCGGCAGAGGAAUGCCGGCGGAGGAUGACAUGCCCGAGCCCUGCAGAGAUCAGCAAAGCCAUCCUGUCUGUGCCGCAGCUCACCAAAACCCUCAGCCUACACGAGCUGGUCAUGAAGUGUGUCCACUCGUUUGAUGAGGACGGUGCCCUACGCUGUAACAGUCAGUCGGUGGAUAUGAUGCUGAUGAUGCACAGCUGGAUCGUCCCCUCAACUGAUUUCGUUCAGAAACUGUUUCAGUUAUACCAGGACUCAAGCCCCCUGAGAGAGAGGCUUUGUCACUUUAUCAGAUAUUGGAUCACUCACUACCCAGCAGUGUUCACAAUGGACAGUGACCUCGAGUUGGUUAUGUUGAGGUUUUUGGAGUUCGUACGGAGGGAGGGCACCGAGGCUCACUCUCAGCUCAUUGACACAUCCAACAUACACCUACAGCAGUGGACACGGAGGCUGUCGCUGCUGGAGACGCCCAACAACAAGAAGAGGAAAGUCUCACUGCUCUUCGACCACCUGGAGCCCGGAGAGCUAGCCGAGCACCUCAGCUUCUUGGAGUUCAAAGCUUUCAGUCGGAUAUCGUACCUGGAUUACAGGAAUUAUGUUGUGUGUGGCUCGGUGCGAGAGAACCCGGCACUGGAGCGCAGCAUCUCGCUGGUCAACGGGGUCUCGCAGUGGGUCCAACUCAUGAUCCUCAACAGACACACAGCGGCCCAGAGAGCAGAGGUCUUCACCAAGUUCAUCCACGUCGCCCAGAAACUCCGUCAGUUACAGAACUUUAACACGCUGAUGGCUGUGAUCGGAGGCCUGUGUCACAGCGCAAUAUCCCGGCUGAAGGAAACCAGCUCGUUUCUCGCUCAGGACGUCUCCAAGGCGUUGGCUGAGAUGACGGAGCUGUUGUCCUCGCGCAGCAACUUCGGGAGUUACCGGCGAGCGUUCAGCGAGUGCAGCGGCUUCAAGGUGCCGGUGGUGGGCGUCCACCUGAAGGACCUGGUGUCGCUCAGCGAGGCUCUGCCCGACUUCGUGGAAGGAAAGAUCAAUGUCAGCAAAUUACACCAGCUUCACAGCCGCCUCCUGCCCCUCCUAUCCACACAGAGCCACAAACCCCCCUUUGAAGCCAACAAGGACCUGCUCCACCUGCUCACGUUAUCGCUUGACCUGUUUUACACUGAGGAUGAAAUCUACGAACUCUCCUACGCAAAGGAACCCAGAACCCAUCGGACGCCAGUGACCCCCUGUAAGCCCCCAGUGCUGGGUGACUGGGGCUUGGACGUGAUCCGGAAACUGGACGCUGUGACCGUCGGCAAACACGUACAGCAAAUGGUGGAUUCUGUAUUUAAGAAUUACGACCACGAUCAGGACGGCUACAUCAGUCACGAGGAGUUUGAGAAAAUCGCAUCCAUUUUCCCCUUCGCCAUCCCCUUCAACCCACAGCGGGAGGGGUUGCUGAGCCGGGAGGAGAUCACCGGGCACCUGAUGAGGGGCAGUGCCCUCUGCUCCCGGCCUGGCCAGCGUCACAGCUUCCAGGAGAACACCUUCAUGAGGCCCACCUUCUGUGACAUGUGCACCGGGUUUCUAUGGGGCGUCACCAAACAGGGCUACAGGUGUCAGGACUGUGGAAUUAACUGUCACAAACAGUGUGUGGAGCAGGUGACCCUCGAAUGCAAGAAACGGACAAAGACCCCACAUUGUGAGAGUGUUGUGUCCGUCAGCAACAGCAGCACCAGCACAGGUGUGGAGGACAUCAUCAGGGAGUGUCAUCGCGACGAUGUGAAGGACCGCAUAGUGUUAAUGAUAGGCCGCGUAGCCCACCCCAUUUCCGUGAGAGUGAAGCCUCCUGUGAUGCACCAAUUCACACAGACCGAGACCACCGCCCAGGCCACAAGCCCCCAGAGUGCAGAGAGUAGCCCCUUACACACUGAGCCGCACGGCCCCAACCCCCAGCCCCACGGCACGAGAGCCAGCCAACGAGAAGCCAACAAUAGUGGGUGUGAACGCUGCUCACAGAGAUGGCAGAACCUUCAGCAGGAGCAAAGGUUGGUCCCCGGGGAGACCCGGCUGCUGGAGGAGGAGCUGAGCAGUCUCCGGGCCCAGGUCAGGGCUCUCCAGGCCGAGGUGCAGGUACUGAGAAGCUCACAAGGAGUCCCCACCCUCACCCUGAUUGUGGAGCAAAUGGACAAUCUGCACGUGCAGCAGGCUCCACGAUAAACUCAUCCGCACCAGCGACGGCCUCCACAGCUCAGGUGCCGAGGGUCUCAAUAACUUGCAUUUAUAGAGCGCCCUUCACCCCGGGGUAGUGCCCCAAAGCGCAGACACAUCACCAUACGAAUUUUCUGGGCGAAAGAAGACCAAGGUCCAUCUAGUUCACCUUCCACCGGCCUGGCCAUCGCUCGGAUUACAUCCUUCGUAAAGCGACAGCAUCAAACACGGCCUCAGUUACCCUCAACGAGGUGCGGCCUGACCUCAGGCAUCAGGAACUCACUGAGCCUCAGGGCAGUCAACAGCACCACCUCCAACUCUGCGGUGAGGGGAAUUCCUUUUUUUUUUCUCGC